GUGAACAUACAGACGGUGUCCUACGCGGAUCAGCCGAGCACAAUACAAGUUCGCUGCUGCUCUCGGAAACCUAUUGAACCCCGUCUCGGGCUACUCUUUGUCCUGCCCUCCGAGAUGAGUGCCAUCUGGCGCACGAUAAGGAAGGCAGAUGCAUGCACCGUAGGAGGAGUACUCUGCGAUCUGAAGCGGUUGUGCGCUUCAGUUUCUGUGCAGCCGAAAGGCUCUUCGUCGGCCGCCCAGCGAAAACGUGCGGGCUGGAGCUGCCAGCAGCUCUCAUGUGACGGAAAUCGGGGAAAGCAGUAAAUGGAAGCGAGGGAUGCAUGACGUCAGGGCCCUGGGUCCAGGUCCGUCCUGAAGAAGAGCGGAGUGGCGUCUCAUUCCAUGAGACGGCAAUGUGUUUUUAGCGCAUUAUUUUUCUGCAAGGCUUGGUGCGGGGAGGACGUUGUAGACAAUGCUACGGAAAGGCAACCGAGGCGAAGAUGAAUAUGCCGAUUCCGGGGCAGAGACCGCCGAGUAGGUCAGACUGCAGUAAAAUGUCUUCAAGCGGUGGCUGCCGUGUUUCUCAAAACCAGGAUGUCUUGUUGAUGACCAUGCACCUGCUGGCUAACCCCGGAGAAUCGUUCCUGCUGCAGCAAACCCUGGACCAGCUCUUCAAGUGGGUCAGCCCCGAGCUGCGCCUGUUCCACGUGUCCGAGCGGGCGUGUCCGGUGAAGGACAGCGGGAGACCCCGGGCAAAGGCCUCCGUCUACCCCUCCCUCUCCGUCACCCUCUUCCUGCACGAGGACUACGGAGAGGAGCGCAUCCUGAGGGUCCAGGACUUUUUCCAGCGCCCGCCCUGGCAGUACCAUCACAGCGAGAGCGCCGGCGGGAAGUUCCUGCCCUACCUCCUCUCCAGCCGGGAUUUCUACAGCCUGGACUCCCACAUGCCCGUGUGGGCGGUGAGGCCCGUGCACUGCGGCGACGAGAUCGUGCGCGUGACGCUGUACUGCCGCCGCGACAACUACGAGGACGCGGUGAGGAUGUACGGGACCAUCCUGCGGCGCGAGGCGGCCGCCGCGCAGAAGAGCGGCUUCUGCUUCUUCCCCCUCUGCUCCUCCGCGGCCGCGAGCGUCCAGCUGGCCUUGAAGCAGCUGCCCCCGGGGGUGUCGGUGGACGUGAGGGAGUCGGCGGUGCUGCAGUUCACCGUGCGGGAGAUCGGGCAGCUCGUGCCCCUGCUCCCGAACCCCUGCUACCCCAUCAGCAGCACCAGAUGGCAGACGGAGGAUUACGACGGGAACAAAAUCCUGUUUCAGGUUAACGUGCCUUUACACUCCCAGCACAACAUGACAUCAGCCUUUCCAGUGAGCAGCCAGCAAACCCUGAGGAACAUGCCGAAAAGUCUACCCUCCAGCAUUCCAGCUUGGCCUGUAAAUAAAUGGAGCCCCAGUUAUAAAGAGAGAAGGACAAGUGGUACUGGGGUAGAAGAGGGGUCUGGGAGGUCACCCCCAGAUCAGCGGAAAUUGGGACCAGGAGGAGUCCCCCCUAAAAACGAACGUGUUUGCUCGGACAGUUGCUGCAGCACUCCGAGGAGCAGUUCUUGUUACUCGUCCCAGAGAAGCAGCCCAGCCGUUCUGUCGUGGUGCGAGCCGCAUCACGAACACGGCAACCCGCCACCCGCCUGCUGCAUCCCGGCAGACUCCACGGCUGGCCUGCUAGAAGAAGAGGAGUCGGAAACCAACGUGGACACAGGCUUCACCGUUCUGAAUCAGGACGGCCUCCCUGGCCACAGCAAACUGGCUUUCAGUGGCUUUCCAAGGGACCUCUGUAACAGCCUGCCUGACACAAGGACACUGAGCUGUGCAUCACCGGAGCAGAUCACUAAGAGAUUGCCAAUAAGCACAACGUUGAAUAGCUGUGUAUGUUCUUCCAAAAUGUGUAAAUCGUCUACUUCAGGGUUCAAAAGAGAAGGUCAGGACCACACGGAACACUGUAUACCAAAACAUUGCUUGCCUCCCAUCCAAGCAAAAUAUCAAAACGUACAGGUGGAUGAAUUUUUCAUUUAAAAGCCUGGCCGGCCUAUUUCACCUGAUGCACUUGUAAACGAGAAGACUUCGGUGUGCAAAGAAUGGCUUAAUAAAAAUACAACCCUAGAAAACAAUAGUUUGAUAUGCUUUAUAUGAACGGUAGUUUUGAAGAAGGAGUUAAAAAUUGAACAAGUAUGUUUAAAUGAACAUGCCAGACUAGCAUAUUGUAGAACACAAUGUCAGUAUUAUUUUAAAUUGACAAGUCUGAAAUAUAAAUAUGUACUACACAACUGCCUUAAAUACUUGAAAAAUAAAAACAUAAAUUUGGUACUGUUUCGUGAACAUGAUUGUAAGUCAGCAUUUAAAAAAAAGAAUCCUGAAAAAUGGCAUCAAAAAUGCUUUUCUGCAAAUACCACUGUAGUUAAGCAUGGUGGUUUAAUUGCUGACUAAUAUUAUUUCACUAAAAAGUUCAGAGUUUUGAAAGUAUGUCUGUCUCUACACAAAGGCAGUAAAUUAUGGACAGAGUAUUGUUCAGUAUUCUGCACAUAGAUGUUGGUUUUUUGUUUGAUAGAUUUCUGUUGGUUUGCAUUUCGGUAAACAGAGGAGACUAGUGUUUUAAAAACCAGAAAUAUUUGAAACAUGUUUAAAGUGGUUGCAUAAUUAUAUUUUUUCAAAUGAAGUGGAAUAAUCUGUUAGCUAAAUGCAGAAAAUGUUAACGGGAAUUAAGAUGAUAAAAUUGUGUGCCUUCAGAUUAAACCUCAGCUUUGUAUUUAAGUAGAAAUCACUUCAAACAGAUUUGUCAAUGACUGACAUUAAUACAAUCUGUAAUAACAGUGUAAUUAAUGUUUCAAAGUUACUUGUGUAAAACGCAUAAAAUAACAGUUAAGAUUUGUUUGUAUUGCACUCUAUUAAUAUUACUGCCUCCAAAUGUUUCCCUUAAGAAAAAGUGAUCAGUAUUCUGAUACAUAGGACCUCUUUACAAUGGGUUCACUGUACAGUAUUCAAAUAAUUACUGGUAUUGCAUACAACUUGAUUUCCAGUAUUACCUUGCUGUAAUUGUCACAGACAAUUACACACAGUAGACAAUAGACAGUGGUCUUUCAAAACAUUUUGGUCAAAUUUAUUCGAAAUAAACAUAUGUGCUCUUACAUCAAU